AUGUUAGAUAAAAAAGACCAGAGCAAGUUCUAAAAUUUUCUACUUUAAUUGAAAGCCUUAGUUGAUUCAUUUUUGCUUCCAAGCCCAGAACCAGAGGAAUAACCCAAGACAUAGGUCACGAAGGCAAAAAAAUAAAAAAAACAAAAAGAUCCUCUAGCUCCAAAAAUGCCUAAAUCGGCCUUCAUUUAUUACUUUCAGGACAAGAAGGACAAAUUUCAAUCAUAAUAUCCAAAUUUACAAUUUUAAGAGAUCACAAAAUUGAUCGCUAGUGAAUGGAAAGAUUUGCCGAAGGAAAUCCAACAGGUAUCUUUACAAAAAAAUAAUUAGCAAUAUCACGAUCAAGCAGAAUAAGAUAGAAACCGCUACUCUUAGGAGCAGGAGUUAUAUCAUUCACAAACAGGGAAAUAAGUAAAUGGGAAGAGUCAAGCGAAAGCGAAUAAAUCGAGUGCGAAAAAAGAGAAAAUUAUAAAAAUUGUUGAUCAAGAUGAAGACAACGAUUCUUUUGGCGCAGACAUUGGCCAGGACUGA